AUGGCGGAUGCACUACUCGGUUCCGCGGUACGAGUUCUAGUGGAGAAGGCAAUAAACUUGGCUUCCGAACAAAUUGGCUUGUUUGUUGGCUUCAAGAAAGAUUUGGAGAAACUGAAGGAUACGUUGACUGGAAUCCAGGCUGUCCUUCAUGAUGCAGAGAAAAAGCAGGUGACUAAAGACUCCGUGAAGCUUUGGCUGGAGAAGCUUCAACGCAUGGCUUUCGAUGCUGAAAAUUUGCUGGAUGACAUCAACUAUGAAAUGAUCCGACGCAAAGUUGAGAUUCGAAACCAAAUGAAGAGGAAGGUAUGCUUCUUCUUCUCAGUCUCCAAUCCCAUUGCAUUUCGUUGCAAAAUGGUCAACAAAAUUCAGAAAAUCAAUAUGGAUUUGAAAAUAAUCAAUGAAGAAGCAUCGGAACUUAGCCUCGAGCGCCACGAGCAACAUGGUGGAGCUGAAGCUUCACCUCGUGUUCUUUCUUCUCCCAGUGGAGUAGGAGGACUUAUGAAGAACAGAAAGACAACCUCUCUUUUUGUUGAUCAGACUUUUGUUGGAAGAGAUGGUGACGUCUUAGAAAUAGUGGGACGAUUGACUGCUCCAAGUAAUAAUGAAAAUAUCUCCGUUCAAUCCAUAGUAGGGAUGGGCGGGAUCGGGAAGACCACCUUGGCUCGAAAAGUUUUCAAUGAUCCAAAGAUUGUGAAUCAUUUUGCCAAUAGAAUCUGGGUGUGCGUGUCAGAUGAUUUCAAUGUCGAUAGACUUUUUGAUUUCAUGCUAGAAUCAUUGGGAGGGCAAAAGCCCGGAGGAGGUGUCCGUCAGCUAGAAGCCAAAGUCCAGGAUCUUAAGAAAUUAUUGGACGGUAAAAAGUUCCUACUGGUCUUGGAUGAUGUGUGGGAUAAGGAGUCCACACGGUGGAACUGGAAUGAGUUUCUUGGGUCGUUGAAAGGUACUAGCCAAGCCAUGGGGAGUUGGAUUCUUGUGACCGCUCGUGAGCAACAAGUGGUAGACAUCACCAGAAUUUCUUCUCCUCAGGGUUAUUCCUUGAAACAGUUAUCAGAUUAUCAAUGUUGGCGCAUUCUCAAAGAAAAUGCAUUUGGUGCUGGGGAAGUGCCCGAUGGGCUGCAAGAUAUAGGGUUGAAGAUUGUGCAAAGAUGCGGAGGCUUACCAUUGGCUGCAAGUGUUCUCGGUGGCAUGUUGCACAACAAGGGACCAAAUGAAUGGCAAAAAUUAGAGAGUAGGCUUCAAAUUUUAGGUGGAGGUGAAAAUAGCAACAUUAAUGAAAUUUUGAAGUUGAGCUUUGAUCAUCUUCCACAUCCUUCUCUUAAAAAGUGUUUUGCAUAUUGUUCAAUUUUUCCUAAAGAUUUUCAAAUGGAAAGGAAUCAACUAAUCCAGCUUUGGGCAGCGGAAGGAUUUCUUCAUUCAAAUCCAAUAGACGAUAUGUAUAUGAAGGAAGUUGGUAACAGGUAUUUUACCAUUUUGUUGGAUAGUAACUUAUUUCAAGAGGCACAGAAGGAUGAUUAUGGGAAUGUUUUGAAUUGCAAAAUGCAUGAUCUUGUACAUGAUAUGGUGCAAUUCAUUUCCAAUUCUAAAACUUUAAGGUUGGCAGAGUCAGGUUUAAAGUUGACAGGGUCUAGUAGCAUUGAUAUGGAGACGUCUUCCAUCCAGUAUCUCGCAUUGGAGAGAAAUCGAGAAGGAAUGCCAUUUCCUUCCAUUGAAAGUUUCAAGUGUAUUACAACAUUGUUUUUGCAAGGAAACGGAUCACUCAAUGAUAGGGAGAUGUCAUUUUUUAUGUUGCGAGUUUUGAACUUAAGCGCAUUGAGUGUCAAAGAGCUUCCUAAAUCAAUUGGCAAGCUAACUCAUAUGCGAUAUCUUGAUUCAUCAAGGACUUCAAUCAAAACAUUGCCAGAGUCUCUAUGUCAACUUUACAAUUUGCAGACAUUAAGAGUUAAAUAUUGUGACUCACUGACAAGGUUUCCUAAGAAUUUCAAGAAUUUGGUAAAUUUGAGGCACUUUGACUUUUUCUCUAAGGAUAAAUCAAGUGAUAUCAUGCCUUUUGAGAUUGGACAGUUGCAAUUUCUCCAAACUUUGCCAUUUUUCAGUAUUGGUGAAGAAAGAGGUCGACAAAUUGGAGAAUUGAGGACUUUGGAGAAUCUCAGUGGACAGCUAGAGUUACGCAAUCUUGAAUUAGUGAAAAGCAAGGAAGAAGCUGAGUCUGCAAAUCUGAUUGGGAAGCCAAACAUUAAUGAGUUAAGAUUACUGUGGAAUGAAAUAGAUAAUUCAAGAAAUAAUGACAGUGAAUACAAUCAAGUGUUGGAAGGCUUGCAAGCUCACCAAAAUUUGAAAGGUUUGAUUAUUGAAAGAUUUUUUGGGACUCAACUUUCAACAUGGAUUGGAGAACUUAGGAGAUUGGUGAAAUUUGAACUACGAAACUGUAGAAAUUGUGAAGAGUUACCAACUCUUGGAAGCAUGCCCUUCCUCAGAUUUCUUCACUUGAAAGGACUCGAUAGCUUAACAAGCAUAGGCCCUUCUUUUUAUGGCAGAUCAGGCGUGCAUAGUGGCAGGACCAGUCAAAUACCCCUAAAAUUGUUUCCAGAACUUGAACGUCUCAUUCUUGAAAAAAUGCCAAAUUUGAGCGAAUGGAUGGAAACACCAGUUCAUGAUGGGACAGUGGUGGUGUUUCCAGUCCUUCAUGUAAUGAGGAUUAUUGAUUGCCCUCAAUUAGCCACUUUUCCAAGUCAUUUUCCCCGUCUCAAGGAAUUGGAGAUCAAGCAAACCCAAAAUGGACCAGCAAAGGACCAAAUUGCCAAUCAGUAG